AUUUGUUUCAUAGGCGGAAAGCUUGAUGUUUCUGCUACUGAGAGUUAGUGAAGUGCAAGACGAGUUCUUCGUUGUUUAAAUGUUGUUAGCAAUCCGAAAAUGUUCUUUUCCGACUUUUAUUUUGUAGCGAGUUAAAUCGUCCAUUUCUGUUUUAUAUUUCAAGAUUGUCUAAAUCUGAGGCUUGUGUUAUUGUUGAAUUUGUCGAUUUCUUUCCUUGAUAAAGUGCAUUUUGUUAGGCUGAGAUAGUCGCCACGAAUUAUUUGGAAGGACUCAGUUGACACCGCGUGACUUCGUGUGAUUUAUGUCCGCGCUUGCGAAGAAAAUGGAUUUAUACCAGUCUACGUUAAUAACCUGCCCUACAUUAUCAACAUUUCGGAGCUAUUUGAUAAUUCUUUACAAGCUUAUUCAAUUAAGGUUACCAUAUAAAACUGUGUAGUAUGAAUUCUUAAAGUCAUGUAAAUUAGAGUACCCGUUGGUUUUUGAAGCAAAUAUCCACAUGGAAGUGUCUCCGAUGUUUACCUUGAAGUCUACCCCAACGUAUAGUGGUUAUGGAUGCAUUGGAAAAGAGUAUUCAUGUAUGUUGAUUGAAAAUAAGCAAAUGAUUGAUGCAAUCAGAAUCCUUAAGUCAGGUGACAGUGAUGACCUCCAAAACCUUUUGCAAACAUUCAAUAUACAUUCUCGUGAUGCAGACAAUAAUACGUUGCUUCAUCAUGCCUGUUUAUUAGGAAAUGUUAAAGCUGUACGUCUUCUGUUAGAUAGUGGCGUUCAUGCAAAUGCCUCCAAUAUUGAUGGACAGACUCCGAUUUGCGAUGCAGCUCUAAGCGGAUCAGCUGAGAUAAUUUCUCUUUUAUUAAGAAGUAAAGUUGAUGUUAAUCCACCAUCUUAUUGGGGUUCUCCGUUAAUCUAUGCCACACAGAAUGAAUCUAUAAAUGCAAUGAAAGUUUUGAUAGAUGCUGGUGCAAGUUUAAAUUCUCCUGAACGCAAUGGCCUUUGCCCACUACAUAUAGCUAUCCAAAGGAGAUUUUAUGCUGGCGUUUACCUUCUACUUUCUAAAGGUGCAGAUCCGAAUUGUGGAGUACGAUUGACAACUCCCUUACAUAUGGCAGCGAAAUUGAAUGACGUUGACAUAACAUAUUUACUGUUAGAAUUUGGUGCAUUUCCGACUUCUCUAGAUAAAGAGAAUCGUACUCCAAUUGAUUAUGUGCCAAACACGAGUCCAGUUUAUCAGUUAUUGAAAUCUGUACAAAAUCAAGUUCCAUCAUUACAAUCUAUUUCAAGACAGACUAUUUUUUCUUUAUUACGCUCUGCUAAAUUGUCACCAGUUAAAGAACUUUAUUUACCAAAUAUUUUAAAGGAUUAUCUUUCAUUUCGUCAUUUUCAUUUUGUAACGGAGUAAAUAAAUACCGAACAAAUCUAUCCAACCUAUCUACCCAUUUAUCUAUCCCUGUGACAAUGACAAUCAUACUGUUUACAUCGUUUGUGUCGAUGUCAUGUUUUACUUUGUUUAUUUGUUGUUGCUUCAUUUCAUAACUUGUUAAUUUGUUAUAUUUUGACUUUAUUGUGAGGUGUUUUAUAAUUAGUCUUUCAUGUUAUCUCUUGCUAAGCAAUAAUAUUUCCAGUAGUUUCAGUUAUUAUUAUUUUCGUUUUAUGUGCGAUUCAUUUGGUUAAUUUUGUUUCAUUCUUACAUUGUAUUUGACUGAGAGACAAAAUACCAUUUGGUUUUAUACUCUACACAGUGUAAAUACUACUUACAGUUCUAGUUGUACAUGGGUGUGUGUGUGUGUUUGUAUGUGAUAAUAGUAAGUAUUUAUGUUGUUCAUUUCUCUUUUCAUCAUUCAUGACAAUUUUGUUUUCUCUAAAUGACUAUUUUGAUUUAUUUGAAGUGAUUUCUUUCUGUUGUAUUGUCGUUGUUGCUGUUGUUGCUUUUUCUAUUGUGUGUGUAUGUGUUGGGUUCAAAGAAGAGUUGAUUAUUUUCAUAAUUCAUUAUAUUGAUUUAAUUUGUUGUUUUGUGCUUGUAUAUGAGUUGAUCCCACUUUUGAUAUCCAUAUUAAAGUUGUUGACAUUAACUUUUGAAGUAAUAAAAAAGUUGGUGGUAAGAUUCUU